AUGCUCUUCAAGCUGAAUGAUUACAAGCCACAGCCUGCACUGUCGCAGGUGUCAACCUCUGGUGGGCCAACUCGGACUCCUGCACCUGCAACACCUGGCUGGAGUCCGUCUUUGCAACCCAUUUCAUCAACACCUGCCUGGGAUCCUUCAUCACAAACACCGAUUUCUUCCCCCAUGUCACCCGUCGCCACCACCAGCGGUACCACCCUGCCACUACAAGAAUUGCCUCAUCAUUUGCUUUUGGACCCACACCUGGUUGGCACAACCCUAAAGGUUAUUGUAAACGGUGGUAGCUACAGCGAGAAGAAGCUUUCUGUCACCAUUGAUGAGGUCGACAGACAGGUCAGCAUCCGCCAUGUUGUAUAUAACAAAUCAACUGGCCUUCCUCCAGAGUGGGUCUCACCGAAACAUCUGAAUGCGACAUGCGAUAAUGGACUUCUUGUUGUCAUCAAAGGUGAACACUGCAGCAAGUAUGUUCGACGAAUCCACCAUAGGCACCAUGAUGGACAGGUGCUCAUGAACUUGGCUGUUGUGAGGAGGUCACCUGGCACAGCGGACACACUUUUGGACAAACAACUGGAACUUACGAUGGACUUUCUUUGUGUAGGCUCAGAAUCCAAGGAGGAGAAGAAGCUGAAUAGUUCUCUAAUGACCUCUCUACGGGAUGAUAUGCGCAAACUAGCUUGUGGAUAA